CUAAACAAUGCCCUUGGGGGCGAGGAGUUUUUGGGCUUGAAAUAUAUAACGAUCUUCUACACAGAGGUUGCGAUCUCAAGAUGCUGUCAUUGCGGCCUUCGGGGGCGAUGAAUUUGCGGGCUGACUUCGCGGUCGCGAACUUCCUCGCGAUCAGUGUGUGCUUCGGCCGUGUUCUGCCUGGGGAAACUCUGUGUUUCUCCUCGGCUCCUUCUUCACGAAGCUCGCGCCCGCAACCCUCAAAUUUGCGGCAGCGAUCUUGGAUUUCCAGGCCAAGAUCUUCUACUGGACUUCGUAGGCAUGGUUCUCGGAUAUGAUCUCCAUCUCCAGGUUAAGAUCUUCAGUGUUUUCCCCUUUGCUACCCUUGUGACCUUAUUUUGUACCUAAUUCGCAUGUAUUGCCUAAAACCUCCUAAAAUCACAUCGAAAUCAAAUAGGAACAAAAUAGAGAUGCAAUUGACGUUGUUCAAACUCUUAUGCAUCUUAAUUGGCAAGAAAAAAACCUUAAUAUGAAGAGUAAAUAACACCAAUUUAGGUGUUAUUACUAUGCCAGAAGUAGAAGAAGAAAUAGAGCUGGAGGAUCGUGUUAGAGGACAGGGUCAACAUAUAUCAAGCAUGCUAGAAAGCUUGAACCAGAUCCUAUCUAUGUUAAAGGCAAAGAAUAAGUCAGAGAGCUCAAAGGCGCAAAGAGCCAAAGAUAAAGAGCGAGAUGUUGA